AGCCAGCAUAGGCCAAAUUUAACUUUUUAAAAUGUAUGCACAUCUGUGCCCAGGCCAGAAGAGGGUGUUGGAUCCUAGGCAUUAUAGGCAGUAGGGAGCUGCGGGACAUAGGUGCUCGGAACCAAACUGGGGCCCUCUGGAGGAGCGGCAAGUGCUCUCAUGCACUGAGCCGUCUCGAGCCCCAUCGUUUUCUAUGGCUUACUCUGAUGUGGAGUGGGGUAGUACCUGCCUUGUUCUCCACCUCCACUCUAUCCACUUCUCCUCUCUUGUCUGUUUGUCCUCCUCUCUAAGGAUGUGGUUCUGUCCUUAGACUGAGAACCCUUGUGGGUCAUUCCUUAGAGACCUUAAGCCACUCUGCUCCAGCCCCUGCCUUCUGUGAUCUUAAGGUCUCCAUAGCAACGGUUAGUAACUAAUGAAACAAAUAUUGUGUGAAUGUUGAGUGAGACUGAUGUAGUCUUUGUGCACAGGAGCUCAGAGUCCAUCAGGAGCAGGUUAUCUUUGAGUCAUCUCUGUCUACUAUGGAAAAUUUCCCUUUAUGAAGCAGAUUUAAACAAUCAACUUGUUCAGGCCGGUUCUGCAUCGCCUGUCUCAUCGGACUCAUCACCACUAUAUGCUGUGCCUUAGGCUUAGAUCCUGCUGGGAACGCACCACAUGAGUUUUCAUUGGCAGAUGUGCUACCUGACUGAACAGUUCCUACCAGAACCUCUGCUGUGAGCAAUCCGAAAGCUGGCCAAUCUCCUCCAGGCUGGCCAGGAUCCAGCCCUUAGAGUAACUCAAGAGUUCCACCUGCUGUGUUAUCUGGACUCCCACUAAGUGCAGCACUGUGCCCUCGGACAAGCACCAACAACAAUGUAUCCCUUCAUCCCUCCAGCCAGACUACUCCCAGGAUCUCCAGCAUCCUUUCUUCCUUCUGGACCAUCGUGUCCCCAACCUAAUGGUCCAUAUCCAGGCCCUGCUGUACGAGUCCGUGGCCCCACAAGGUCAUAUGUUACAACAAAUGUGCCCUUUCCAGAGUUACCUAGGCCAAAUAGCGCACCCACAGAUCCAGUUGGUCCUUUAGGUACACAGGGAUCCAUGUCUUCUGGACCCUGGGCACCAGGAAUGGGAGGGCAGCACACUAAUGCACCAUAUCUAUUUCCAGAGCCAUCUCCCACUCCUCCUCUUCCAGUGUCAGGAGCACCACCUGUUGCAUGGGUCACAGUGCCACCGGGAGCCUGGGAACCACCAGCACAGUAUCCUACUCCUGAAGCAUCAUAUCCCACCCCAGGACUCCAGCCCUCCCCGAAUAAUCCUUACCAACUGCCGCCAGGACCUUCUGGUGCUUCACCAGUGCCUGGUAGCCUCCAUAGAAUGAAUGAGCUCCCGGGUGGCUCCCCUUCUGAUUCGUCCAACCCGGAGAGCACCUUGGAGAGCACUGGACAAAAGAAGCACCUGAAGCUAGACAGCAAAUCCAUCAAGAGGAGACGAUCCAAGAAGAAAAGCAAGCGGGUGACCUGGGGAGACAUCAAGACUUUAACUCACAAAGCUGAAACCUUGGGGAAACAACAAGGACACAAUACCACUGACCCCAAAAUGAUGCUGCUAUGUUUAAUGACUAUGCUGCAUGUUAAUUCUCAGCGUGAAAGUGAAGGGUCUCAAUGACUUCUCAAGGGGCUAAAAGGCACACCUGUAAUAAACAGUUUAAUGUAAGUGGUUUUGCCAAAACAAACAAACAAAAAACCCA